GACGGGGCCGAGAGCGCGGUGUGUCCGGUGCUCGGGAGCCUCCGCCGCCUCUCGCCGCCGCCGCCUCCGCCGGCGGCUCCUGUCAUGUCCGCGCGCUUUGGGGACGCGGUCGGCGAACGACUGUCAUGAAGGCAGUUCUUAGACACGUGAGCAAUCCAUUUGGAUGAAGCGGUGAAAAGCACCAUGUCAUCAUGUGUCUCAAGCAGGCCUGUUGGCAGAGAAGAACAGUGUGGCAGUGAGGACCAGAAGCAGCUAGACAUUAGUUGCAGUCUGUCAUCCCUGAACAUGGAGUCGUUUAUCAUUGUAACGGAAUACGAUCCGAUUGCUUCCGAUAGUGAGCUGGGAGAUAAUGGACAGGCCAUCCUCAAAGACGAACCUAUGCAACAGGCGAAUGAAGAGAUCAAGCCAUCCAGUCUGAGAAUUUCAGGGCGCUUAGAGAGAGCUAGAUCCGAAGAUGUCCGAGAUCACAGGGCCAGGCUUAACAUGUCCAGUCGGAAGCUGUCCCUUCAAGAAAGACCUCAGUCACCUGCCAGUACCCCAGGCACGAAUGGAUGUUAUAUCUAUCCCUCUUUGCUAUAUUCUCCGGUUAUAUCGCCACAUUCCUCUCCUCGCUUGCCUCGCCGACCAACAGUGGAGUCUCACCGAGUAUCUAUCACGGAUCUGCAGGAUUGCGUGCAGUUAAACCAGUACAAGCUGAAAGAUGAGAUUGGGAAGGGUUCCUAUGGAGUUGUUAAACUUGCAUACAAUGAAGAUGACAACACCUACUAUGCAAUGAAAGUCCUUUCUAAAAAAAAGUUAAUAAGACAGGCUGGAUUUCCACGUCGCCCCCCACCCCGAGGUGCCAAAGUAGCCCCACAAACCUCGGCGCAACCCAAAGGGCCGCUGGACAGCGUGUACCAAGAAAUUGCCAUUUUGAAAAAGUUGGAUCAUCCGAACAUUGUCAAUCUGGUUGAAGUGCUUGAUGACCCCAGUGAGGACCAUUUGUAUAUGGUCUUUGAGCUUAUGAAGCAAGGUCCUGUGAUGGAGGUCCCAACGGAUAAACCUUUGACAGAAGAACAAGCUCGAUUCUACUUUCAAGGCUUGAUCAUGGGAAUUGAAUUCUUGCACUAUCAGAAGAUCAUUCAUCGUGACAUUAAACCAUCCAAUUUGCUAGUCGGAGAGGACGGGCAGAUUAAAAUAGCUGACUUUGGAGUCAGCAAUCAAUUUGAGGGAACUGAUGCACUUCUGACAAGCAGCGUAGGCACUCCUGCAUUUAUGGCUCCAGAGACCAUUUCAGAAUCCAGGAAAAAUUUUCAUGGCAAGGCCUUGGAUGUUUGGGCAAUGGGCGUGACAUUAUACUGCUUUGUUGUGGGACGUUGCCCAUUCAUGGAUGACCAAAUACUGAGUUUACAUAAUAAAAUUAAGAACCAAUUGGUGGAAUAUCCAGAACACACGAGACCAGUGCUUUCUGAAGAGUUGAAAGACCUAAUUUUAAAAAUGUUGGACAAAAACCCAGAAACCAGGAUCACAGUUCCGCAGAUCAAGUUGCACCCAUGGGUGACCAAACACGGAGUUGAGCCACUCCCCACGGAAGAUGAGAAUUGCACUCUUAUUGAGGUGACCGAAGAGGAGGUGGAGAAUUCUGUCAAACAUGUCCCUAGCCUGGCUACUGUGAUUCUAGUCAAAACAAUGCUUCGAAAGCGUUCCUUUGGGAAUCCCUUUGAUGGAAACAAGCGGGAAGAGCGGUUUAUGUCGGCUACAGGGAACCUUGUAAAAAACAAGUUAUCAGGAAAUGUGAAAUACUACUAUUUGCAUAGUAGCCAAAGGAAGCAAGCCAGUGGAGAUGGUCUGAAGAGUGGUGACCUGCCAGAAGUAGGGGAGGAUGCUGUACUAUCAUGAAGCUAUCUGUGGUAAUGGAGUUUAUGCAUGUUCUUUGCACUCCCCAACAAGGCUGAAUCGGCUGUGGCCAUUGGCCGACCCACCAGCGAUCAGGAGGUGAAGGCUUUCCGAGGCCAGGAGGGGGCAGUGGACUCGUAGCAAAGUAUAUGGCCUUUGUGAAUUUUGCAUGAAAAACGCUUUGAAACAUUUCAUUAAUAACUGUGUUGCAGGUAACGCAGGCUUAAGGUAUUGAAAUAUUUAACACACAUCUACAAGUAUUCAAUCACUUUUAACAUUUUAAGUAUGAGAAAUGCAUUUUUUAACAAUCUUGUGUUGUGGUGCAUUUAAUUGCAGUAUCGGUGUCAUUAGUUAUAGCUGUUCUGAUGUCCUGAAAUAUCCUCUUGGGAGACUUAGGAACAUUUAGAUACUUGAAAAAGUGGUUUUAAUGCCAUAACAUCACUUAAGAUGCAUAUUCUAAAAUGUUUACAAUGCUACAUUACAUUAAGGUCUGCUUAAUCAAGGUAAAAUGCUGUCUAGAUUUAUAAUUUGAUAAAUAGUCUUUUAAUAUUUAAACAAAACAAUUGCAAUAUCAGGAAGGAAAUAAUGUAUUAUAUCAGCAGUCUGGUUUGCAUAGAGUGUGUAGUUGUGUUUUGUUUAUUUUGCUUGGUUUAAAAAGUAUCCUUUAAGCUUUAACGUGACUAGCCAAAGUAUUUGAACGCUGUACUUAGUCUUUUUGUUCUUAAUAAUUGCCAUAAAAAGUCCACCUUUUUCUGCAAAAGUGCUAACCCUCCAAGCUAUGGGUUGGAGAGCUGGAUUACUUAACUACCUUUGCUUGAUGCUUAUAGAGCACACAAUCUGCAAUCUAAAUAUUCAUUGCUGUAACCCGGAUCAAUAUGCCGUAGUUCUUCAGGUGGUCGCAUACAGACAUAUUAGGAGAUUUUGGUUAGUCGCCUGAUUUUAUGGGUAAAUUUCCUAUAUUCUAUCGGGCAUUCUUUUUUUUGUUACACGAUAAACUGUUAGAUUUGUUCACAAAAUUCCAAGUGCAAAAAAAAAUCUAGACAUGCAAACAUUUCUUAAAUGAAAAUGGACGAUGUUUUUUCUAUGAGGCAAGUAGAAACUCUAAGGUACUCACUGGGAUUUAGUUUGUUAAUGAGUUGCUUUUAGAACAGGACAUGUCGGCCUUUUCAUAUGAACUCCCCUCUUCCCCCCCACCACCACCACCAUGUGAAUUGGAUUCAGAGUACUGUACAGCAUUGGUGCUAGGAAUACUGAUCUGUCAUUAAUGUAAAGUAGUCUGACAGUGACUAAAAUUGGAGCCAUUUGUUGAACAUUUUCUACUUAGAGAAAAAUGAUACUUCCCUAUAAGCUGUUGUGGAUUCUCAUAUACUUGGGUAUUGUACUUGCAUAGGAAGUUAUUAAUCCUAUUUAAAAAAAAGUAGUAAAUGUAUAACCUAGACAGAAAUAUUAUUGCUAUUGUUCAGUAUUAUUAUUGAAAUAUUAUUACCUAUUCAGAAUACAUUGCUGUAUAACUACGUAAAAAUCUGUGUUUGGGUGUGAAUUCUCUGUUCACACUUCAAAGACAAAGGUGGCCUUUUUCUUCUGGGGUGUUGGGAUGGAGGGAGGGAGUGAAGGAAAGAUAGACAAGUUUUCCAGUUCGUGAAAUCAAAGCUGUGGAUAUACCAAAUUUUAGACAUUGCAAAAUGUCAUUUGGCCUGGCACUUAACUUAAAAUAUGCUGCUACUGACAGUUUUAUAGAACAGACAAGUAUUUGUCAACAUUUGUACACGUGUGAAACUUGUAAUUGCUAUUGUUGGGAUCAGUUAGUGCACAGUUAAAUUGAGUGCUCCCUAACAUGCACUAAUCUAUUUCUUGAUAACGUGACCACUGUGCUUUGGAUUUUUCGAGGUGAAACUUUGACCUGAUCUUUCGUUACCAAUCGUUUUCUAUGAAUGAAUAGAUUAAGUGAAUUAAAAACAUUUCAUGUCUGGGAUUUAGCCGAUGCAUUAUUACCUUGAAGGUGGAUGUGCUGCAGUUAAGAAUAUGGUCACCCUUUUAAUUUAGAUUGUGAUAAACUUGAUUUGAAAACAAUGCGAAAACGUAUGAGGGCCUACAAAAAAAUGCAAUCAAAGAAUGUUUUUAAGUCAUUCAAGUCUUGAGGUUUUAUUGAUGUGCUGAAUUUACAGACACACAAGGCAAUUGUAAAAAGCUAUUUAUAUGCAUUGAGCAAGAUGAUUUCAUUAAUAAACACAUGAAUUUAUUCAUGAACAUCAGUGUAUUUGAUUUUAAAUAAAUUGUAUAAAGUUGA